UAUUUGCGCAUGCGCGGAGGUAUUCUGUCCAGAUCAAUCUGCAUGUAGAUCUUUCACAUUGGUUCACAGUAAAUCUGAACAGAUUUACUACGGAGAGGCUGCAUUUACAAUUACACAUUUAAUUUUGGUUGCAUUUCUUCCCUGACUGCAUCCAAUAUUCCAAAAGGCAAGUGAGAACAGCAAGACCAUGGGUGGAGGAGAUUUGAAUCUCAAGAAGAGUUGGGAUCCCCGUCGACGUGACAACCAGGAGAAGAAGUGGAAGCAAGAGGAAAUGGACAAGAACGAGCGACGGAGGUUGAAGGAGCUUCUGGAGGAGCGACAGGAGGAGAAAGACGUAGAUGAGAUGAGGAGGCAAGGAGAAGAUGCGGGCAUCAUUGAAAAAUGCAAGGAUCGUGUGGACUGGAUGUACAAAGGACCAGAGAGCCACACAAACCCUGAUGAUUACCUCUUAGGGAAGGAAGUUGACAAGGCCAUCUUGGAAUCCCAGAGUGGACAGAAACGGAUGACUGAGGCGCAAGGUGGAAUUUCUUCGGCAGGAUCAGUGUUUGGUAGCUCAGCUAGUAUUUCUGUUGAUGCCAAGGAUAUGGCCAGGAAAAUGAGGGAGGACCCUCUGUUUGCUAUCAAAAAGCGUGAGCUUAACAAUCGAAAAGAGCUCGUCAGCAAUCCAAUCAGAAUGAAGCAGCUUCAACAAAUGCUACAAACCCAAGUUGGCAGAGACAAGAAGAAGAAAAAACCCAAGAAGCACAAGGAAAAGAGGAGUAAAAAGCAUAAGAAGUCACACAGUGUAUCAAGCGAUAGUUCCAGUGAGGAAGAUGUUGCUCUUAGUAGCUCUAAGAGACAACUACACCAACAAAUAUUACCAGAAAGCGGCAAGGUUAAAGUUCAUCGUAGAAAUGAGGACAGAAGACGGGAUUAUGAAAGUAAUGAUGGUCAUGUUCCUUCUGGACGAGACAAACCAAGGAUGAUGUCAUCACUCGACCCAGCGAGGAUGAAAGCACUCCUGGAACGUGAGAUGUUCAAGAAGCAUAAAAAACGUAGAGAUGUUUCGGAGUCGUCGUCCAGUGAGAGCGACUCGGAUGAGAUGACUCCUCGAGAUCAGGGGAGACAGGAGAAGAAAUCCAGGCAUUAUACAAAUGAGGAACACCAAUACAGACAUAGGUCUCAAGAAAACAAAAGGGAUUCCCAGAUGAGGCAGAUAGAAAGGAGUGUAUCACCAGAGGUGGUAAAACGGAAACAUGGUGCAGAAAGUGAGAAGAGUCCAAUGAAAUACGGACUGCAGAGAGGAAGGAGAAAAUUACAUCCAUCAGAUACCCCAUCACCAGAGAGAGUACCUGGAGAUCACACCAAGUAUCAUCUCUCUGAAAGCAGAGAUAGACGUGGUGACAAACGCCAGGACAGGUCACCCCACAGGGUAGCUAACAAGAACCGUGAGAAACACGCAGAGAGAAGCCGUGACAGGCGUGGAGACAAUAGGUCACUUUCACCAAAAAGAGACAGAUACACUGACAGAUACAGUGAUGAAAGAGGUGAAAAACACCACAGAAGGGACAAGAGUCAUUCAAGGUCACCUGUGAGGGAUCAUGGGAGGUCAAGAGAAAGAUCUAGGAGGUCACCAAGUAAUUCACCACAGAGGCAAAAUAGCAGUCCCAAAAAAGCAGCCACUAAAAGGAAACUGACUGCAGAGGAGAUGGAACAAAAGCGAGCUGAGAUGAUGAAUAAUGCCAAGUGGCGAGAUGAACAACGCACGGAAAGAGUCAAAACUUAUGAGAAAGAGGAACAAGCCGAGUUGGAAAUGGAUAAAAAGAAAUCCAAACGUGCUGAAUUUGUUCAGCCACUGAAGUUACCUGAUAACAGUUCCAUCGAGGAUCGUAUCCAUCGGAAUAUCUACAGCAUCCAGCGAACAAAAGCUGCGCUGGACAAGAAUUUUGCCAAACGAUAAAUGUACAGAAAACUUCAAUGACUGCGGAGUCUUUGUAUAUUAUGUUAACAGUUUGAAUUUUUAAAGAAUUUUUUCACAGUUUUUAAGUUGUAACACUUGCUAGACUGUUUGUUUUUGUAGGCCAUGACAUUUCAAUUUUAAAUGUCUGGGUGAGAAUCUUUGAUGUAACCAUUGGGCGAAAUGACACGAUUCACACGAGGGCAUAAUAAUGCCAAAUAAGUGAAGUGGCUCAACUGCAUCAGAAAUAAUGCUUUAGAUGGUACGGGCACAGUAGAAUGGAAAAUACACAUUGAAUCCAUGUGUCGUUAUAAAAUACUUGGAGCGUUAGAUGCACGAAGGGUUCAGUGGCCUACGCAUGGCUGCUUCCAAGGCAUGCAUCUGGAAAUUGGUCCAGGAUCAGUGGAUAGUUGAGACUUGGCUGCAUGGCUGGAAACAAAAACUGGGUGGCUAUGGCUAUGGAAGCCACAACCGUAGCAGCUUCUAGAGUACUGAAGUGUGAUGUGUGAUUUUGAACCAGGAAGUGUUGCACAAAGGAAUGGAGUAGCCACGUGUGUUGAUUCAUGCACUGGUUCUUAUGCUGGUACUUUCACACACAUAUUUGUAUGUGUCGUAUUCACUUCAGUACUCUAUACAUGUGCAUCUAUUCUAACUGACAUGUUACUCCAGGCCACAGCUCGUUGAUACAGCCGUGCUCAGACCUGCUGUUGGUACAUGUACACGCUUGUGAAAGUGCACGCUGUUACAGACUAUUCAUUCCGACAGGGCAGCCCACACCUGGACCAGUGUUGGCACAAGCAAUAUCUGUGCUGUGUAAUAAGAAUACUUGUGGUCCAUCUCAACCUGUACAGUAAACCAAACCAGUGAAAUGCAUUUCAUGUCUUACAAAUAUUUAUUUUUUCAUGGUUGUAGUGGUUUUAUUAUGAUCCAAACAGUGUUCAACUGUGACACACUCCUCUUUCAUCAAUAAUUUACGUCAGUUCAAAGCCAAUAUCAUGGUGAAGGAUAUGCUGCCGAACCUCAAAUCUAAUGCAUUAUUCUUCCCAACUUGGUCAGUUGUUAUGGGAAUUUGUUUCCCCGUGUGGAAAAUAAUGUAAUUACAAUUCAUCACAUCAAGAAUUGAAAUGAAGCAACUCUAACCAAAACGGUUAGCGUGAGUUCAUUUUCAGCAUAUGUAAUUCCUUCAGUGCAUCAAUUUAUUUAUAUACAUGUACAUGUAAAUUCCAAUCACUGAGGAGACUUUUCAACCAACAAUUCUUCCAUUCCACAACAAAGAAUCCUGGACAGGUUUUUAAUGUCUAUUAAGCAUUUUUACUAAAUUAUGACUCUUGCUUUGUAAGCAUCUACAUGAAUGAUGUUUCUUGCAGUGGAAAUGAAAUCACGUUUUAGACUUGA